CCAUCAAGAAAUCAUCAGUAGAAUCAUCUCUGCUACUUUUUCAACCUCUAUGGGAUUGGCCUAGCUUGUGCUGCUCUAUUGAAGGAUGGGAAGACUCAGAAAUGCAGUUUGGAAGCUGUCCACAGACUUCUGGCUGGUUGUGUGAGGUGAUAUCACCUCUGAGUCAUUUUGGCCACCGAAGGCGGAUGCAACUUGCUGACUUUCACUUCUGGAUUUUCCCCUAUGGGCACCUGAAGUUUUUUCUUGGCCUCAUGACUAUGAGUGGCAGUCCCUGGUGGAUGACACAGAGGAUGUGUCUCUUGAUUUUGGAAAUGAAGAGGAAUUGGCAUUGAGGAAAGCUAAAAUCAGGCUUUGCUUAUUCCAUUGCUUAUUGCAACAGCAUGAUAUGGGAAAAACAGAUUUGCUGUGCCAGCAGAGAUUCUGCUGCAGGAAGGAAAUUCCUGGGUGGGUCCAGAAGCAGAGUCCAUGGAUUGGUUACCAUAGGGAGACCUGUAGGGGAGAGCCACCAGAAUGUGACAGGAAGACUCAUGGUUGGCUUACGCUGGUGGAACCAGAUAGAUGAAGAUGGAAAAAGUCAUUGGAUUUUUGAAGCCAAAAAGGUCUCUUUAAAUAAUUCAACUGGAACAGAAGCUGAAGCUAGAAUCUUCUGGCUUGGUCUAAUUAUCUGUCCAUUGAUCUGGACUGUAUUCUUCUUUAGCACCUUAUUCUCCCUGAAGCUCAAAUGGCUCGCACUUGUAAUUGCUGGAAUCUCCCUCCAAACUGCUAAUCUAUAUGGAUAUAUCCACUGUAAAAUAGGAGGACAAAAAAGUAUCACUAAGGUCACAUCGAGGUUUCUAUCCCAGACAGUAUUUCAGAGAGAGUGUCAAGAUGAAUUUCAAAAGCCUGGUCUAGAGAGAAUGGAAAUACACAAACACUAAAUGAGAAGCAGAGGCUCUUCAUUACCUCCAGAAUGAGGUUCUAACACUAAACUAGCAUUGUGAUCCACUACAUAAUUUGGCUCCAUUUCUCUUUUCAACCUUCCUGGUCUUACUGUACUUUGAAUAAGCUAUGCAUACUUCUUGAGUUGGGCCUCAUCCAAUCCUCAUCUUUCCACCCCUCUGAAGCUUUUCUUGGCUCUCCCACUGUACUGCCCUCAUAUGAAUUCAUAACUUAAAUAACUAAGUACCACUUAUUUGGUACUUAUAGACCAUCUUUUGACUUCUUGCUAGUAUAAUGGAAAAGUGCUGGACUAAGAUGACUAGUUCAAAUCUGACCUAAACUACUUACUAUUUAGUAUUAUAUUGAGUAAGCUUCCUUUCUGGUAAAAUGGAGACCACAUAUGUUAUGCUUCUCAGAAUAUAUGUAAAAGCACUUUGUAAACUUCUGUACAAAUAAAUGCAAAGUAGUGUUAUGUUCAAACUAGACAGUAUACUCCUUGAGAUCUCAGUUGUCUGUAUCUUCCUCAGUGCCUGGCACAUUGUAGAUGCUCAAGAGUUUACUAAAUAUAUAAAUAACCAUUUGUUGGAUUUUCCUGAUUAAAAACAUAGUUGGUAAUUUUCACACUGUUUAGCAGUUUUAUAAAUGGUAGGGUCAGUCAAGAGCUGACAAUAUAUGUGAAUGCUUACCUCUCUUCCCCCUCUUCCCAAGAAACUUUAGUCUUAUAAAAUCUUAGGAAAAUGUAAGCCACAACUAUUGGAGACCUUAUACGAAGGUACAGAAUGGAUGCAAUCUGGGUAGGUGGAGGGAGUAUCUAUACCAUCGAAAUAACAGAUCCUUAAAGGAUACUGAAUAUAUAAAUUAAAAUUUUUCUUUUUCUUUUUCUUUUUUUGAGAGGAUUGGGAAAAUUAGAUGAAAGGUUCCCUAAAUGAAUGCUGCUGCUGCUAUUUAGGUAGAAUUUAAAUGAUAACUAUUUUGUAUAUCUGCUUGAAAUAAGUCACAGAAGUCAGGUUUUAGAGAGGAAAGAUGUUUAUUUUUUAAAUGGCAUAUCUGGAAAUACAGUGCCUUACAUUAUAUUAACUCAUAUCUUAAUACAAAGUAUAUCAAAAUUGGAUGAUUAAAGUGUCCUUAAAAAGUGAUUUCAAAACCAGUUCAGGCUU